CCGUAACUUGGACACAUGCUGUUUCCCUCUGAUGAAGUGCCUUUGGCUUUUGGCAGGUAUGUGGUGCUGACCACAAAGCAUCAUGAAGGCUUCACAAACUGGGGGUCGCCCGUGUCCUGGAACUGGAAUUCAGUGGAUACUGGGCCCCAUCGAGAUCUAGUAGGGGAACUGGGAAAAGCUCUCAGAGAAAGGAAUAUAUACUAUGGACUGUACCAUUCCCUCUUAGAGUGGUUUCAUCCACUCUAUUUAGAUGAUAAAAAAAAUGGCUUCAAGACACAGAAUUUUGUCUUUCAGAAGACUAUGCCAGAGCUUUAUGAUCUUGUCUUACGGUACAAGCCAGAUUUGAUUUGGUCAGAUGGAGAGUGGGAGGCACCGGACACGUACUGGAACUCGACCUCUUUCCUUGCAUGGCUUUAUAAUGACAGUCCCGUCAAGGAUAAAGUCGUGGUGAAUGACCGCUGGGGCCAGAACUGCCCCUGCCAUCACGGUGGCUUCUACAACUGUGCUGACAAAUACAAGCCAGGCACCCUGCCAAAUCACAAGUGGGAGAUGUGCUCCUCUGUUGACAGAAUUUCCUGGGGCUAUCGAAGCAACAUGCAACUCGCCGAGCUGAUGGAUGCAUCCAGCAUCAUCAGAGAGCUAGUGCAGACCGUGAGUUUUGGAGGGAACUAUCUUCUCAACGUGGGCCCUACGAAAGAAGGAGUGAUUGUGCCAAUCUUCCAAGAAAGGCUUCUGUCCCUUGGAGAGUGGUUGGGCAUUAAUGGGGAAGCGAUUUAUGCAUCCAAGCCGUGGAGGGUGCAGGUGGAGAACAGCACGAACAAUGUAUGGUACACGUCUAAAGGUCCAGCUGUUUAUGCCAUCUUUCUGAACUGGCCUCGGGAUGACAUGCUGAAGCUGUCUUCACCUAUUCCAUCUUCAGACACCGAAGUGACCCUGUUGGGAUUCUCUGGGACUGUGAAGUGGGAGAAGUCCCCAGAUAAGGGAUUACUGAUCAGUCUGCCCUCCAUAGCCCCAUCUGCUUUACCUAUGCAAUUGGGCUGGACCCUCAGGCUGAAAGGUGUAAAGUGAUAGCUGUUGAAAAGAAGCCUGGAAUUAUUCCUUUUAUUUUAAAUUUUUAAGCCAAAAGAAUCUAAAUAAAUAAUUUAUUCUUCCUCA